GCUUAGCUUCUCUGUUGGAGAGUUCGUAAAUUGUCCAAGGAACUCCUCCAAGGCUAGGAUUUGUAUGCAGAGUGGAAAAGUAUACCUUAGAUAAAUGGAGAGGGAACCACUUCUUGGAGGAAGAAACUCAGGUCAUUCAUCUGGCCAUAGAUAUGUGCAAUAUUCUCAACCACCAAGCAGUGAUGGUUCUGUAGAAACCUCUGUGUACAGUUACUGUGGGGAUAAUUAUGUCAUCCCACCAGACAGACGCAAGUCACGAUCCCUCACUGUCGACACCCAAGCUAGCAUUGAUGAAUCACCACCAAGAAGAUUUCAUUGGCCACUGUUUAUAUGCCUUGUGACACUUGCCCAUGUCGGAGUUCUUCUCUACAUUUGUAUUGCAGGUGGAGUGGAGAAGAUAGGUUACAAAUCCACGUUGGAACACAUGUUGAUUAACAAAUUUGGAUACAUAGGAUCACACGAAAGAAAUGAUUCAGUGCAUAAACAAAACAUUUCUAGAUACACUGGAGUCAAUGUAUUCAUUGGUCCAAAUUCAUCCUUCCUGGUUCAUGUAGGAGCUAAAUUUGUACCGUGCAUGAAGAAACUUACAGUCAUGGAAGAAAGAAUUGCCAAAAUAGCAAAACAGGAGGCUGAUUUUGGGUGCUGUUCCUUCAGAGGGGAAUGUGGUAUGAUGCUAAAUGCAAGCUGUCCAGGUGUUAUCAUUAGGAACUGUAGUUCAGGAAGUCUUAAUUGUACAAAUGGUAUUACCCUGCGGCCUUGCUGUCUGGGACUCCAUUCCCAGUGUGAAGUGACAUCUGAGCAAAGCUGCAUAUUUCGCAGAGGUCAUUGGUACAAAGACAAGAUGCUCUGUAGUGAUGUGAAUUGCCUUGAUGGCAUUUGUGGUAUGACUGGAGUCAAACACAAGACUGGUGGACAUCAGGGGUACAGAUUGAUUACUCCCAUUUUCUUGCACCUUGGUGUCCUUCAUCUUAUCAUGAAUCUCUUCUUCCAGGUUCCUGUGGGGAUGUUGAUUGAGAGGGAAAUAGGAACUGUGCGGAUGGCAUUGAUAUACCUGAUUAGUGGAAUUGGUGGGAAUUUAAUUUGUGGACUUUUUUCUCCACUCACUCCACAGGCUGGUGCCUCGGGAGCUCUGUUUGGUCUGAUUGGUUUACUGAUAAUAAAACUGCUGCAGCUGCGACAUGAAGUUAAGCGACCGUGUGUAGAAGCUCUUAUUUUGCUGGGCGUGGUGUUGGUCAGUUUUGCACUGGGGACAUUGCCUUACAUUGGAAACUUUGUACACAUUGGAGGCUUUUUCUUUGGUCUUUUUGCCUCGCUAGUGUUUCUUCCCCGCCUAAACUUUCGUUGCCAGAGCUUGGCAAUUUAUUUAUCGUUUAAAGUUGUAGCUUUUGCCUUCCUCUUCUGCGUGAUCGUCGCUACUUCCCUCGCGUUCUUCUUCAUCAAAAGCGCCAACUUCUGUUGGUGGUGCCAAUACAUCGAUUGUGUGCCAUACACAGAGCAUUUCUGUCCAACCAUGAACGAAGAUGGAUUUCUAAACGGUAGUUAAUAAUGUGUCGUGAUUUGCUGUUAAAGGAGCUCAGUCACGUGCGUUAUUUUGAGUUAUUUUGGCCACGGGCAAAAUUACUUUUAACCCUUUGAAU